AUGGCAGCAGCUACACCUUCCUCAUCCAAGAUGCUGCUUUUCUCGGCUGACGACGUAGCCAAGCACAACAUCUCCACCGACUGCUGGGUCAUCCAUCGCGGCAAGGUCUAUGAUGUUACCGAUUUCGUUCAAGACCAUCCUGGUGGAGACGACCUUAUCAUGCAAUACGCUGGCAAAGACAUGGAGCAAGUCAUGGACGAUCCCCAGGAACACUCCCACUCUGAUUCGGCAUACGAGCUUCUCGACGAGCACAUCAUCGGACGGCUUGCCACUACCCAUGCCGAAAGGGCUGCUCUCUCCGAACGUAACGCUAAAGGUGGCUACUCUGGCAAGGACGACUCCAUUGUCAUCACCCACGAUUUCCACCCGGAGGAAACCGAUUUCUCUUCCGACUACAAACAGAACAGGUUCCUUGACCUCAACAAGGCGCUCAUGCCUCAAAUGCUCCGUGCCAACUUCAGCAAAGAGUUUUAUCUCGAGCAGGUUCACUCUCCACGCCACUCGAAGAAUCCAGCUCGGUUCUUCAACCAGGACUGCCUCGAAGUCUUCACCCGCACUCCAUGGUACGUCGUACCUACGCUAUGGCUUCCCAUUGCAUCAGCCAUCUUCUUCCGCUCUACAACCCAGUUCGCUUCCAGCCUCUCCAAAACUCCACUCAACGCAGUGACUUGGUACCAAGCCGCCGCUAAGCCAACUCAGUUCGCACCCACCGUUUGGUCCCUUGCUCUCACCCAGACUGCGAUCUGCUGGGCAAUCGGAGUAGUCAUCUGGACUCUACUCGAAUACUCGAUCCACCGCUUUCUGUUCCACAUUGACAACAUUCUCCCCGACCAACCCGCCUUCCUCACCCUCCACUUCCUCCUCCACGGCGUACACCACUACCUACCCAUGGAUCGAUUGCGAUUGGUCAUGCCACCUCUGCUCUUCUUCGUCCUCAGCUACCCAUUCACCCAGUUGGCACAUGCCUUGUUCCCUAAGGCAGUAGCUAACGGUAUCAUCUCCGGUAGCUUUUCCAUGUACGUUGUGUACGAUUGCAUGCACUACGCUAUGCACCACACCAAAUUGCCCCAGUACAUGAAAAGUAUGAAGCAGUAUCAUCUCGAACAUCACUACAAGAACUUCGAGUUGGGUUUCGGUGUCACAAGCAAGAUUUGGGACUACGUCUUUGGAACUCAGCUUUAG